AUGUCCCUUAGAUUGAAAACCAUGACUGGAGAACCGGAUUUAGUGGAACAUCAGGUAAGUCAUUUAGUUAUACCUGAUGACGAAAAAAUUCUGAAAUUCAAGGAAAAAAAAAUAGGAUAAAGCAAGAUUUUUUGAAAGUUGUUCACAUGGUCCAGCGACUGAUCUCGUACUCUUUUGGCCAGCACUUUUUAUCGAAUUUUGAGUUCCAUAACUUCUUUCGCAGACCUACUAGGUAAUUUUGAAGCCUAGGUUUGGAAUCAGCGUGAAAAAAAUUGCAUCUAGUGAACCUGAUCUCAUUAAAAAGUAGUGAAAUUUCAAAAAAAAAAAUUGCUUUUUCAAACUAUUCACGAGCUUGAGGGAUUCUCUUUUUACACUUUUGACCAGCCUCUUUUCAAAAUGUUAAGUUUCAUAACUUCUUUCACAGACCUCCUAAGAAAUUUCGAAGCCUAGAUUCGGAAUCAGAGUGAAAAACCGCAUCUAGUAAGUUUAGUCUCAUUUAGAAAUAGUAGAAUUUUGUCCCAAGCUAGCGGUAAAUCCCAGUAAAUCAUUUUUUCUUCUUUCAAGGUGAUCAAACAAAGAAUUCUCGAUGCUUUUGAAGAAAAGUUGAUUCCAAUGGAGCACUUGGACAUUAUUUCCGUUCAAGCGUCCCUGAAGCGAUUAGAAGGGGUUUUCUAGUCAUCUUUUUGGUGAAUUUUGAGAUAAAUUGCAGCUUUCAUUGGGAACGAAACGAUUCGUUGUGUCCUCAACUCAUUAUGACAGUCCAUUCCAGGUUUUUUUUUAACUUUUUGACUGAUUGAGGACCUGAAAACCAUAAUUUUUUGUACGAUUUUAAAAAAUUCUCGUUAUUUAUAGCCUAGGGUACGCAAACAGCAAAGCCAAAAUGAAAAUUCCCAAAAAAAAAACUUUUUUUACCCUUUUUUGGUCUAUGACCAUUAUAAGGGUCAGGGGGAUGGGCCGAAAAAGCGAUCCCUAUAGGGGCAAAAUCAAGGUGGUCCCUAUAGGGUUUUAGGGUCUGAACUGUUAGUCCCUAAACCUUAAGUGGUCCCUAUAGGUGUCUUUACAUUUCAUUUAAAAAAACGUUUUUUUUUUUCAGUUUUUCUAAUGGAAAAGCUUCGGUCGUUCAUAAAAAUUACCGACUAGCAUGUCCCUAUAGGGGACCACUUAACUGAAACUACUACAGCGAUCAACUUUUUUUCAAGCGUUAGGGGUCCCUAUAGCGGUCGGUAAAGUGGUCCCUAGAGGAGACCCUUCAAGGGCCCUAUAAGGACCACUCUGGAGUUCUUUAGUGCUUUUUCCUUCUAAUACAAGCCUUUUCAAUAUUCUCACUUGAAAAUCAUUGAAAAAUAUUUAAUUUGAAGGGAAAACUGAAAACUGGGGACAUUUUGCUGACACUCAACAACACGACCCUCAAUGACAUGAUUAACCAUCCGAGGUUUCAAUUUUUAAUAAAAAAAUUUUUCCGAAAAAAAUUUCCAGAGAUAUUCUGAGUAAAUUAUAUGAGAAACAUAUGGAUAAGUACCCGGUGAGCGGCUCUUUCUUUUUUCAUUAAAAAUCGUUUUGAAGAUAACUUUUUCGAUUUGUCGCCCGAAACGCAAAUGCAAAAAACCGCCGCUUUUCCCGAAAGGUUUGAAAAACUAGACAAAGGCUAAAAUUUUCAAAUUUUCUAUUUCAAGGCUUUCAAAAAACCGAGGGAUUCGAUUACGAAUCGAAGAUCCUUUUCAAGCUUCGAGGGAUCAAAAUGGGUCUUGACGCGAAGGAAAUUGACAAGAAGGUAGGGUUAUAGAUACUGUAGGAAAAAGCCUUGAAAAAACGUCGAAGAUCAAUUUUUCCAGAGCUAAAAUAUUUCUGCGGCUAUUUCUUUCUGUGUUAUCUUUUUGUUGUACAUAAUUAUUUUUAAAACCAGAUUUUUUUCUAUAUGUUAUGAAACAUUUUUUUGAAUAUUUUUCGAUGCUUUUUUUCGUUCUAAUUCGAAAAAGUACUCGACUUUCAAGUGUUCACAAUAGAACAGUUUAUCCACAAGCAAUGAAAAUCACAACUUUGACACGAAAAAACAACUAAAAUAUGAUUAAAAUAGUGAAAAUUGGAAAUAGAAAGAAAAAGUUGAAAGCGCGGCCGAGGUUCGCAAAGGCUUUCACGGCCACGCACCGGAGUGUCGUUCCAUUAAAUUUCAAGUCCGCGGCAAUUUUUUUUUUUCUUAUGCCUAUUUUAUUCCAACGAUGGAGGCUUUUUUAAUUUGUGGUGGGGAAUUUUCUGACAUAUGAAGAGAAUACUUCUCCAUGUACCAGGUUUAGAUCCUAGAAAUCCUAACCUGCACAAUUUCCUAGCUUUCGACAGGUCUCAAAGUCAAAGAAAAUCAAAAAAGUCCGUUGAAAUGGGCCCUUUUUGAGCUUUGAGCCCUCAUUUCUCGAAAACUAGUAAUUUUCGCAGGAUGAUACUUUCAGGACUUUUAUCUGGUCCAUCUAGAAGUGUUCUGGCCAAUUUUCAGAAAAUUCUCAAUGGUAAAAAAACCUUCCUUGUGUGGCUAUUUCCACAAGGCUAUUUUGCUUGUAAGGCUAUUCCAAUGCAACUUGCCCCGUCAAAUUUAAGAGCAAAAAUGGACAAUUUUCAAGGUUUAUGUCUACCAUACGGUCGAGAAUACCUUGGCAAGUAUGACAUUUUCGGUGGGAGAAUGUAUCGUCGCCGUGGAGGGCGAAGGAGUCGCUUCCUGUGGUCAGGUUUGUGCGAAAAUUUUACUGGGAAACACUUUAGUGGCCCCUUAAGAGAUUCUUUAAGGACUGAUUGGAGAGGACACUAAAGUGGCCACUAAACCACCAUUAGAGAAGCCACUGUUCUGCGUCUUAGUGGCCACUAUAGUAGCCUUCAGGGCUACUAGUCAGACUACUAAAGAGGCCACUGAUUUUUAGUCGCUUAAGUGGUCACUAUUCGUCUUUUAUAGUGACCACUAAAACGCUAGAGUGGCCACUAAACUUUAGUCACUUAAGUGACGACUUAUUCGACUACUAUAGUGUCCGCUAAAACAUCAUAACCCUGAAGUGCCCGCUAAAAGUUCGGGACUUGAGCAUCCGGAAGCUAGAGAGCACUAGGAAACAAGAGAGCGUUCAGAGAAAGAAUAGAGCUCUCUCAUUUUUGAACGCUCUCUACCUUAUGAAGAUCCGAACUUCAACUUUACAGUUUGAGCAAAAAUUUAUCUAUGAAGAUAUGUCCUUCCUAACUUUAUUCUAACAGUAAAAUGACAAUGACUACCAUGAUUAGAAUGCAAUUUAUCCUUCUAAAAACGAAAUUCUGAACUUUUCAGCUUGGAAAACUAUUGAAGAGGGCUACGGACAGCAAGGGUUUCGUGAUUUGUACAGUCGAAACGCCGGUUGAAGAUCGCAUGAAAAACUACAUUCGUGUCAAGUUGGGGGUCGGUUUCAUCGAGACCUAUAGAAAGAAGCGGGAAAUUAAAAUUAUCAGAGUCUCGGCCUAACUAUAAAAACCGCUGCAAACCCGAAAAAAAACCUACUUUUUUCAUUAUUUUCAAAAAAAUCGGUUUAAUGAGACCUCAGAAUUUGAAAAAAGAGAAAGAAAAAUUUAAUUUUCAAAUAAAAAAAUCAGAGCUCGACAACUAAACUUUAAAAAAAGCUCUGCAAAACCCAAAAAAACCGGAAAUAAUCAAGGUCGGUCUAUGAUUGAAAAAAGCGAGAAAAAGUUUUUUUUAUUAUAGAAAAUAUCGGAGUUCAACCCAAGGUUAAAAGCGUCGCCGUAACAUUAGAAAAAAAAUGGUCCUAUAGAAAAUCCAUUUUUUUUUAUUCACUUUACGGAUUAAAUGUCCUUUAACAGAGUCUAGGCAAACAGACAAGGCUCUAAGCGAUUCAAAUUCCCACUAAAGUGACCCCUAAAAAUCCAAGAAUCCUCCCCCGCCUUGUUAACAUUUAAGGAUUCCCUACUCUUAAGUGAUCCCUCAAAAUCUUCUCUGUAAGGUUAACCCAAACAGAUCAGUUUUCGAGCAAGUUCUUAAGUGUCCUCUUGUCGCGUCAGGUUGGAGUGGCCUUUUAAAUGAAAUUUUCAAAGUCCCAUAAAUCUACGUUGACCUAUUGGGAGAUUAUACUACCACUUAAGCAACCCCUUAAAAGAUCUUCAUGAGAGGAUACUCUAACGGAGAUUCUUAAAGCUUUAAAAAUUCAAAAAUUUCACUCUAGUGAUCCCUCAAGAUCUACAUCAAUUUUCAUUUUUUCUCUUUAAGGCAGCCAAAGAUCCGGCGAGCAAAUUCGUGCCGGUACGAAUUCCGGAAGACGUUCAGGCUCUUGCCAAGCAAGCCGUCGAGAUAUUGAAAAACGUGAAGGAGGAGCCGACGUCGAUCAUGACCGUCAAAAAGACGUACCUAAUUUAUUCUAUUCAUAACACACAGUUUAGAGACGCAUAAGGUCUCAAGACGAAAAGCUAGGCGUUCAUUAACAAACUAGGAAAAGCUCUAGUGAUCUCUUAAGAGGUUCCUCAAGGACUUCUUGGAGAGGACACUAAAAUGGCUACUAACAUGUAAGACCACCUUUAUAAAAGCCACUUUUUUGCGUCUUAUUGACCACUACAGUAGUUUUAAAUGAUCUAGUAGUACCUCUUAGACUCCUAAAAUAGUCACUUGAGUGGCCAUUAUUUCUACCACUAUAGUGGCCACUAAAAUUUUCACAGACUCACAGGAAAAAUUCCAUAAAAAUCCCAACAAGAUAGACCAUUUUAUUUUCGGUUUGGAGUUUUCUGAAAAUCAUCCAGAGCAAUUUUUGAAAAGCCAGAUGAAGGUCCUGAAGAUUUUGAAGAAAGUUUUGAAAGCUCACUUUUUUUUUCACUUUUUCCCUUCCUUGUGACUUUUCGAGCCUAAUUUUCCUCUAAAAAUAGUUUUCCUCCUUGAGACCAUUUGCAAUUUAACGUCUAUGCGCCUUUAAACCCUCUGAAUGAAUGUUGAGAUUUACAGUAAGUCGAAACGAGACAAAUCCCUCGUGAUGUCGGAAAAGGUGGUUGAAACGGACAUUUUGAGCGAAUGGAACAGCUGUUUGUUUGUCAAGGUUCGAUUUUUUCAAUUUUGGGAUCAAUAAUCGAACCUCAUUUUGCAGUUACCGCCGGCCAAGACCCUCGAAUCGGAGGCCGCCGCACGGGCUGCCCUUUCUGCAAUGAAGAAUCAAUAA